AUGCAGAAAGCUCUACUGGUGCUGAUUUUUCAAGGAGUCCUUGUUCAAAGUUUAAGCUUGUUUGGUGGAGGCGUACAGAGGAUCAGGGCUUAUGGUCGUUUAAAAUGCGGAGAGGCAGCAGCAGCUGGCGUAAAGGUUAUGCUAAUUGAUAUUGACACCGGCGGAUUCGAUGACGUGAUGACCGAGAAUAAAACAAAUUCCAACGGAGAAUUUUGGCUCGACGGACAGACGUCGGAAAUGACCAGCAUUGAUCCAGUGGUAAAAAUAUAUCACAACUGCGACGACGAGAAAACGCUUGGAACACGCCGAUUGAAAAUCGGUAUCCCAAAGAAGUACAUCGGCAAAUCUUCAUCGAUUCCAAAGCUCGCCGACUUGGGAGUAAUCAACCUCGAAAUGAUAGUUUACGAGGAAGAGAGAAAUAUUUUUUAA